CAUUACGCUGUAAUCGUCUACAAACUUUCCAUUGGUUGCUAGGCUAAGCGCAGUGGGAGACGUUUAGCCAUCAGAUUGCCAUCAAGCCAUAGCGCGCAUUCAUCUAAUUAAAUUUGACCCAAUGACCUGACAAUAGUAAAGGCACUCGAAAGCUCAGUUGACCUAAUGCCAUCGGGGAGUUGUAGCACAUUAAUCAGCCAACUGCCGGAACGCUAACAUGUUGCAUAACAAGCUAGUCCUGUUACUGAAUAUAAGUUAUUACCACAUGGUUAUUUAUGGUUUGAUGCCGACUACACUUCGAACCAGCAAAAACUCCAGACUAAAAAUCUGCAAAGUGUCCUACGUAUACUUGAUAUACAGUUUUUGUAUCACGGUGUGUCUGUUUCUGCAGUUUCGGUAUAUAUUUCCGCCAGACUUCUUCGAGGGCUACAUGAAGAACAAUAUAAUACUGCAGUGGAACAUGAUUGUAAAUGCCGGACUCCGAGUUCUUAUCGUCGUCAGCUGCUAUAGUCUUGUUUGGCUGCGUCGACAGCGGUUGGUUCGCCUAUACCUGGAAUUUCUGUUGUACUGGCGAAUGCAUUGGCGCAUUCUCAGAAGAAUUGCCAGCGAUCAGGCUCUUGACAACAUGCAACUGCAGCUUGCGAAUAUUUUGCUGCGGGAAAUCUAUGUGAAUUAUGCGAUGUUUUGCUGCUCCAUCGUCACACAAUAUAAACUGCUUGGCGGAAAGGAUAUUCUGCAGGUGCUUGUGAAGACAUUUCAAAUGCUGUUGUUAAUGGCGAUUCGGCUGGGCUUCAGUUCACUGCUUCUGCUACUCACACAUCAGUUUAAGAGCGUUCAGUUAGCUCUGCUGGCGAUUCGCCAACGAGUAGGAUCCCGCAGUCUGGAAGAUUUGCGUCGCAUUGCCAACAUUCACACCAAGUGGCUGCAGCUGGCUCGGAAUGCAUUUAGCAUCUAUGACAUGAACAUGGCGACCGUCUUUGCAACCAUGUUUGCCGUCAAUGUGAACGUACUCUAUCAUGCAGUUCAGUAUUCCAACAAUACAAUCAAGUCAGACACGUCUGGCGACAUAUUUGGAAUUGCUCUCAUUGUGACCAAUAUUUGGAAUUCUGCCUUGGUCCUGAACCUAAUCGAGCACACGACUAGCUCUUGCAAUGAUGUCGGACAACUGUUGCGACAGUUUACCGACGAUCGCCGACUAAGUCCAGAAUCACAGCUUGAGUUGGAACUGCUUAUGAAUCGUAUUCGAAACAAUAAGCUCGUCUUUCGAAUUUGCGGCUGUGUAGAUAUGGACAGAGCUGCCGUGCUGAGCUAUAUAUCAUCUGUUUUAAAUAAAGUUAUCAUUCUCAUGCAAUUCGAUUUAAGGCGUAAGCAAGAGCUGACUUUACAACACAUCAAUCAUAAAACGUGAACUUAAUUUUACGUAUACUUAACUUU